AUGUCCCUGCUAGCGUUCCAAUCUCUCUCCGCAGACGACAAAAUUAAGGAGAUCGACUCAAUCAAGCUUGCCGUGCUGGGCAAUGACAGAGAAAAGACCAAGCUGCAGGACAGUUUCGGGGUCCUGGGCGAGAUCCUGCUGACCGAGUCGAACAAGACGCUUCUGCAAAACACAGCAAUCAUUGUCCAGUCGUUCAGCUAUCUGCGCACCAACGUCGAGUUCCUGCUGCGGUUCAACAUCUUUGAGGUGCUCGUCAAGAGCACCAUUCGCUGUCCGGCAGUGCUGGCAGAGAUCAACUUCCGCACGCUUAUCGACCUCCUCUCCACAAAUUCGCUGUCGGAAAAGUAUCAGGACGAUCGGGAAUACGCGCAAUUUGUGGCCGUCUUGGUGGAUAUCCUGCGCGACCCGGCUGCGUCGCCGGCCCUGCUUUUCAACACGUACCUUCUGAUUCCAUUUCUGCGCCGCACAGAGCUGCUGUGGCAGCUGUACCGGCCACUAAUGAGACGGCUGGCCCGGGUCGUUUCGCCGGUCUUCCAGCAGACAUUACAGCUGAACUGCGCCACAGACGACGUCUCGGUGCUCAGGCGGUUUCCCGAAUCCGUCGAGCUGCCACGCAUGCUGCCGGAACACGCGUUUGAGGCGCUGACAAACGACCUGAGUCCGCCGCUUUACGCUCUCGCACACCUUUUGGCCGUGAUCGACCGCGCAGACCUGAGCUUGCCGCUGCCGCUGUAUUUUGUGCUCACGACGUUCCUCGGCUCGUACGACCUGAAUGUCAAGCUCAGCAGCGUCAAUGUGCUGGUGCAGUACACAAAAAAGCAUAUACGCAACCCAAAGGAGAAAACAGCGAGUCACGCGCGGCUGAUCGACGCGCUCGUUAAUCUGAUCAGCCGCACCAAGGAUUCCCACGGCCCGGAGUACACGCUCAGCUCGAACUACAAGAUCCCGCGUACAAUGUCGCCUCUGUACCUGUUGUCGCAGAUUGCCGAAGAGGACCCGGCCAACAGCGAUUCGCUGGUGGAAGUGGACUUUGUCGACACGAUUGCGUCGAUUGUCACGGCAAAUUACAGCUCCGACCGCACAUUUCUGGACGAAGACACAUUGUACAAAAUCUCCGAUUCGCUGCUGAUUUUGAGCUGCAUUGCCGGACUGCGCGAGGACUACCGCGAGCUGGUGAUCCGGUACGACGUGGCUCCUGUGAUUGUGGACUCGAUCACGCGGCACGCGAAAAUUUACCGCGAGCUGGACAGUCGCACGCCCUCGCCAGCCGAUGUGGGCGUGCUCAAGUUGUCAAACCGCAUUACGCUAUCGAGCUGCUACCUGUUGCGGUCGCUGUCGCGGUCGGCCAGUUUGCUGCGCACGUACUUGGUGGAACUGAAGCUUGUGCGCAAGCUGGUGGACUUGCUGCACAUCCCAGACGACAUCAUCGAAAACUGUCCGGAUGAGCUGCGCCUGGACGAAAUUCGGCUCAAGUCGGUGGUGCUGGGCAUCGUGUCGAACUCGAUCGUGGAGUUUUCUGCCGUGAAGCACGAACUCGCGUCCAACGAGCUUGCGAUGCUGCUGCAUCGGUUUAUCUACGAGUCGCGCUACGACUCUCUGCGCAUGAACUCGCUCUGGGUAAUCAAGAACUCGCUGUUUGGCGGCAACCGGGAGUCGAAGGAGAACUUCCAGACGACAGUCAGCCUGGACAAAAUCUUUGAGUUGUGCGGCGACCCGAACGAGCGGAUCCAAGAGCACUCGUUCGACAUUCUGCGAAACCUGGCCGUGGGCCAUUUCAACUACGCAAAUAAGAUUAUAGCCGACUUUGCUGGGUCUCCGCUUGCCAGACGCGCGGGCCAGUCCUCAUUUCUGGACUUUCUGUGCUCACAUCUCGAGAAAACGUCCAAUCCAGACGUCAUCGUGGCCAUUGUCUACGUGGUGGUGCAUCUUGCCGCGUCCAACGAGAAUAACCGCGCGUUGAUCAUGUGCAACCAGGGGCUGCUAAAGAAACUCGUCGAGUUCUUGGAGUACUCAGAACGUGUGCCUGACGACGAGGACCACUGGAAAAUCCGGCUGAGCGUGGUGUGGGCAGUACUCAACUUGAGCUGGCGCGAGGAAACCACAGGGUCCGACCUAGACAACGACGAGGACGAUAGCGGUGAGGACAUGGACGUCGACGCGGGCGAUGGAUCCGACUUCCGCCGGUUCCUGAGCCCGAAGAACCGCGCGCUGCGGCUGAUCGAGCUUGGAUUCUACGACGCGAUCCGUACUUUGAACAACCACUGCACCAUUUCUGACUUCAAGGAGCGCGCACGGAUGGCCAUCUUCAAUCUGGUGCUGUACGAGAACAAGAACAAGAGCUGAGUUUCGGACCUGUGUCGGACCUGUUUCAGGUCUAUCUAUAGCAGUUGCUGCGAGAUUUGGCCGUUUUCGACGCAGUGUGCCUGGUUGCAAAUUUCCUUUGAGGUCCAAAUUAGGAACUGCCGGAUCUGGAGCUAAAAAAAAAAUUGCGGCCGGGCUCCCAAAUUAGGGCCUCAAAGGACGAGUUCUGAAUAAUUCACACGUCUCAUAUUUCGAAACAGGACUGGUAGACCGGGAUAUAUAAAGAUGGGUGUCCAGAUGACGGAUAACAAACCAUGAAAAUCCAGUUUUUGCUCAUCACACUCCUCGCCACGGCUCUGGCAGAGGAGUACACCACGCUCACUUCGAAAUACUGCUACGCCGGCGGUCUUGUUUGCAAAACCACCGUCGACUACGGCUUUGUCACCACAGUCACAGCCAACCGCGCGACUGUGACCACGUACGUCCCGGUCAGCUACGUUCCAACGCUGGUCACCGUGGAUGGUAAGGAGACUUGGCAGCAGGUGAGCUACUCAACGUCUGUCAACGACUAUGGCCAAUCAACAGUCGUAGUCACCUAUUGCGACAUCUCCUCGCACCUGACUAGCAGAGUCACCUCCCUUGUGUCCUGCAACGUGCCAUACACACAGACCGAGGAUAUCACCCUCACGACGACCGGAGUGAACGGGCACGUGAGCACUGUCACGGGGGCCACCACCUACAUCACCUCGAGAGCCUGUCCAACCACAUUGGCGUGCGAGACUUGUAAGACGUCGUCGUCUUCUUCCUCUUCUUCGUCAAGCACACCCCCUGUUUCCAGCACCUCAACCUCUUCCGUUUCGACUUCCUCCACUUCCUCGCCAUCAUCGUCGUCUUCCUCAUCCACUCCGGUCUCCUACCCCUCUUCCACCUCUACUACAAGCUCAAGCUCGUCCUCCUUAUCCCUGUCAUCCACGUCGUGGACUCCGUCCACAACGUCUUCAUCCUCUUCCGUCUCAUCCUCCACAACCACCACUAGUUCCACGUCGUCUUCAUCCACGUCAUCAAGCACCAUCUCCAGCUCCACCAGUUUCUCCUCGUGGACGCCCACCAAGUCGAGCUCCACGAGCUCCAUCUCAAGCUCUAUCUCUUCCUCGUCCACCCUUCUCUCCACAUCCCGGUACAGCUGCAACCAACCGUAUGUUGCCACCGUCACCGUCACCGCUGGCGGAUCCAUCUCUGUGUCCAUGUACACCACGUCGUCCGCCUGCGUAACUACCACGGAGUCCAGCACCGUCACAACAUGCACAGACUGCAACAAAGACGUCUCCGUGAGCUCUCAAGCCACACCAGUCCAGUACAGCAGUACGUGGGUGACCAAAGUGUCUGCUUCCACGACGACCGCAACGGUUUGUACCGAGUGCAAGCUUAGCGACACGGUGGUGGAGACAACAGUGACAAACGAAACGACUACGUAUGUGACUACCUGUCCAGAGUCCAGCGAGACCACACAGCCGCCGCCGACGAGCUCGUCUCCUGCCACUUCCACAGCGACAGUCCCAGUCACCUCGAGCUCCUCGUUGGCAGAAACAAGCGAGACGGCAAGCUCGUCUGACAUUCUAGCAUCUCCAGAAUUACCCUCGGAAACGCCUACGUCAGUGUCGUCGUCUACACAGACUCCAGCACCGGCCACAAGCACAAGCUUUGAAACUGCUUCGUCUGGAGUCUACUCUACACCUCACACCAAGAUAUCGAUUACAGUGGUGAAGACUUGCACGGAGGAAAAGUGCCUGCCGCAAACGACGGGCAGCUCUGUGGCUCAGUCAGGGUCGACGCUUGCUUCAACGCUCCGCACGUCCAGCGCCGCUGUUUCUUCGAUCCAGCCGCUCUCGUUCUUCCAAGGCGCGGCAGCGUCUGUCUCGAUCUCGUAUUUCUCGUUCUUUUUGCUUCUCGUCCCAUUCAUAUAGUUAUACAGUGCAAAAUAAUCACUCACUUUCUAUCUCCAUCACCGCUUCGUCGUCAUCGCUCGAGUCCUCCCCUUGUUUCAAGUCCUCGGCGAUCAUGUCCAGGUCUCUCUUGUUGUCCUCGCCGAUGAAUUUGAGGUUUCUGCUGGGCUUGUUGAUCGGAGUCUGGAACGCAGAUCUCUGCGGCAGCGGCUCGUCCAGCAGCUGUUUGUUGUUGAUGUGCAAAUUGCUUUCGAGCGCCUUGUUGAGCAGAUCCAGCGCGAUCGGGUCGUUGGGUUGGAUCGACAGCGCCACGUGCAGCGUCUCGAUCGCCUUCGAAAUCUUGCCCAUCUUGAGAUAAAGUAGCCCGAUCGCAGAAUAUAUGUUAACAUCCUUUCGCGAAAUACGCAAAACCUUGUUGAAAUGGCUGAGCGAUUUAUCCAGCAUGUUGAGCCGUCUGUACACGUGACCCAGGUUGCAGUGGAUCGACGACCAUGCCUUGGCGUUUGAGUCCAGCGUACUGGCAGCGGUGAGUGCUUUUUGGAAGAAACUCUCGGCCUUGGCCAGCUGCACGCGCCGGUAGUGCAACACGCCAAGCUCGUUGAGCAGUAACGGGUCGUUUGGGCAGAUCGAGUACGCCGACAUGAGGUAUUCUUGCGACAGCGUAAGGUUGUUCAUCUGCAAAUAUUGCAUGCCCAGAAACAGGUUAGGAAGAUGGAUACCGGGGAACAGUCGCGACGCGGUGGCAUAGGCACUAAUCGCCUGUUCGUGCUCUCCCUCUGCAGCAAACGUGUGUGAAAAGCCGAUCCACGCAGGACCAAAGUUAGGGUUGAUCAUUGAGGCUUUAGAAAAAAAGACUCGGGCCUCGUUGGUCUUCUUGAUUGAAAAAUAGUAGAUACCAAUGGCCAGCCAUGUGAUAUGGUGAUUAGGGUAGUUUUCUGCCAGCUUGUGAGCCAUCAAGAACAGUCUGUUUUUCCCUCCAAGCUCAUGAAGACAGCUGAGAUAGUUAGGGAGCACAGAGAGGUUCAACUCGUCGUGUUUGAUGAUCUGCUCGCACAGGUCGAGACACUGCUGGAACUUGCACUGAAUGAAAAGCAGGUCAGCACGGCUUAGCAGAACGUCCAGAUUCUCGCCCAGACUGUACUCCUCCUUGAGCCGCUGCUCAGCCUCCUCGAAUGUGGCCACGUUCUUGUACUUGUUGAGUCGCGUCGUGUACAGCAACUUCACGAGCUCGUUGUUGUUGUCAGCAUCGUCGAAGUUCAGCUCGCUCAGCAGCUCCCACUCCUCGUCGGGCGACAUCAGGUGGUUGCUUAUGAGCUCGUUGAACGCCUCAAAACACUUCACAUCCACCAACACCGCCUCUUUGUAGCAUUCUUUGGCCCUAUCGAAAUUAUUCUGCUUGCUGUACGCGAGCCCGCGCAAAUAGCACAUCGACGCCUCUAGCUUCACGCCGCCGUCCGGAUUUUUCACCGAGUGGUCUGUCUUGAAUGGAUUGACCUCGCCAAUGACGUCCAGCGCCUCGUCGUACUUCUCGAGCUUGACCAGACACAGGCCCGCUAAGUAUCUGCAGCUCACCGACUCCUCAAAGUGUGGGCCUGACAGCAAAUUGCGCGCGAUCUGGUAGUUUCCAUUCGCAAAAUGCACCUGCGCGAGCCAGAAGGCGUCAUUUGGAUCGCCAGUCAACGACAGAACUUUGUCUCCGAUGUAAAUCGCUGUGUUGUAGUGGUGCUGCAUCAGCGCAUCGUGGCGCCACAGCCGCAGCUUGUCUGCCUGUGUGAGCGGCGUCUCCUCGUCGUCCUCCUUGCUAGUCAGCGUGCUGAGCUUGCUGUUGACUGACUUGGAC